AUGGCCGAAUUUCUUUUUUCUGAUAUUGGCCUCUUUUGGUACCUGAAAGAGCUCCAAAAGGAAGAGUUCUGGAAGUUCAAGGAGCUCCUCAAGCAAGAACUUCUGAAAUUCGAACUCAAGCCAAUCCCAUGGCCCAUGCUCAAGAAGGCGUCAAGGGAAGAUCUAGCAAAACUUCUGGACAAGCAUUACCCAGGAAAACAGGCGUGGGAGGUGACACUGAGCCUGUUUCUACAGAUCAAUCGGUGUGACCUCUGGACCAAGGCUCAGGAAGAGAUAAGAAAUAAGCUCAACCCCUAUAAAAGUCACAUGAAGGACAAAUUUCGUCUCAUAUGGGAAAAGGAAACCUGCCUUCAAGUGCCUGAUGAUUUCUACACUGAAGCCACGAAGAACGAAUAUGAAGAACUGAGUGCUGCAUAUACUGCUGGCCAGACUGGACAGCAUUCCCUCACCAUGGUCUUGCAAGGUUCUCAAGGAAUUGGAAAAACAACCCUUCUGAGAAAAGUGAUGCUGGAGUGGGCAGAGGGAAACUUAUGGAGGGAAAAGUUCACAUUUGUCUUCUUCCUGGAUGGCUGUGACAUGAACAGUAUCACAGAGACGAGCUUGGUGGGGCUCCUCUCCAGGGACUGGCCUGGGUCUGCAGAGCCAAUUGAAGACAUUUUCUCCCAGCCAGAGAAGGUCCUUUUCAUCAUAGAUGGCUUCGAGGAACUGAAAUUUGACCUAGACCUCAACACCAACUGGUGCAGUGAUUGGAAGCAGCGGCAGCCAAUGCAGGUUAUCCUGAACAGUCUGUUGCAGAAAAAAUUGCUUCCAGAGUCUUCUCUGCUGGUCGCACUGGGAAUGACAGGCAUGAAGAAAAUUUUUUACUUGUUGCAGCAUCCAAAGUACAUCACUCUCCCAGGGCUCUCUGAAUACAAUAGGAAACUAUAUUUCUCCUAUUUCUUCAGGGAGAAGAAUAAAGCCUCUAGAGCCUUCAGUUUUGUGAGAGACAAUGUUUCACUGUUUGUCUUGUGCCACUAUCCCCUCGCCUGCUGGUUGGUCUGUAUGUGUUUGAAAUGGCAGUUGGAGAGAGGAGAAGACCUUGGGAUUGCCUCCCAAACCACCACUUCUCUGUAUGUUUCCUUUUUUACCAGUGUGUUCAAAUCAGGACUGGGGAACUGUCCACCAAAGCAGAGCAGAGCCCAGCUGAAAAGCUUGUGCACCUUGGCUGCAGACGGCAUCUGGACUGACACGUUUGUGUUUCACUCUGGGGACCUCAGGAGGAAUGGGAUAUCGGAACCCGAUGCCUUCAUGUGGGUAGACUUGCGACUUCUCCAAAGGAACAGCGAUCGUUUCACCUUCGUCCACGUGUGUAUCCAAGAGUUUUGUGCUGCCAUGUUAUAUUUGUUCAGACGACCCCAGGACAAUGCUAACCUGGCCAUCGGAAGUGUAGCCCAGCUUGUAAAAGCAACUGUGACUCAAGCCCCAACCUACCUAUUGCAGACGGGGAUCUUCCUGUUUGGGUUUUCCACAGAAAAAAUAAUGAACAUGCUGGAGACGUCCUUUGGUUUUCCACUGUCCAAGGAGAUAAAGCAGGAAAUAACCGAAUGCCUUCAGAGUUUGAGUCAGGAUGACCCCAACCAGGUCGUAGUGAGUUUCCAUGAGUUGUUCAACAGUUUAUUUGAGACCCAGGACAAAGAAUUUAUAACACAAGUGAUGGAUUUCUUUGAAGAUGUUAACAUUUAUAUCAAUAACACAGAUGAUUUGGUGGUAUCUGCAUUCUGCCUCAAACAUAGCCAAAAUUUGCAGAAACUUCACCUGUGUAUACAAAAUGUGUUUUCAGAUGACUGUGGAGCCAUCUUAAAUGACACCCAGAAGCUGUGCUUUUGGAGGGACCUCUGCUCAGUGUUCACCACCAGCAGGAACUUCCAGGUGUUGGAUUUGGACAACUGUACCUUCGAUGAGGCCUCGCAGACCAUCCUCUGUAAAGCGCUGGCUCAGCCCAUUUGCAGACUCCAAAAACUGGUGUAUAAUUUUGCUUCCAGCCUUGGGAAUGGUCUUGACUUCUUCAAGGCUGUUCUUCACAACCCUCAUCUGAAAUACCUGAACCUGCAUGGCACCAGCCUCUCCCCCGUAGAAGUCCGGCAGCUGUGUGAGAUGCUGAAACACCCUAUGUGCAAUGUAGAGCAGCUGAUGUUGGGCAAGUGCAACAUCACAGUUGAAGCCUGCAGAGAGAUCACCUCUGUCCUGGUCUGCAACCAGAGGCUCAAGCUUCUCUCCUUGAUAGAAAACCCCGUGAUGAAUGACGGUGUGAUGUUACUAUGUAAUGCCCUGAAGCACCCACACUGUGCCCUGGAGACACUGCUGUUAACAUACUGUUGCCUCAACUCUGUUGCUUGUGACUACAUAUCCCAAGCACUUUUGUGUAACAAAUCCCUGUCCCUUCUCGAUCUGGGGUCCAACUUCCUGGAAGACGAUGGAGUGAUGUCUCUAUGUGAAACAUUGAAGCACCCAACCUGCAACUUACAGCAGCUAUGGUUGGCAGGUUGUUACCUCACUCCUGUUUGCUGUAAGGACCUCUCUGUUGUUCUUAGUAGCAAUGAAAAACUAAAGACCCUGAAACUAGGGGACAAUAAAAUACAAGAUUCUGGUGUCAAACAGUUAUGUGAAGCUUUGAAGCACCCUAACUGUAAACUAGAGAAUCUUGGGCUGGAAAUAUGUCAGCUCACCUCUGCCUGUUGUAAGGACCUGGCCUCAGCUCUCACUGUCUGCAAAUCACUGAGAGGCCUGAACCUGGACUGGAAUAGCUUGGACCAUGAUGGGUUGGUGGUGCUGUGUGAAGCCUUGAGCCACCCAGACUGUGCCCUGCAGCUGCUUGGACUGGACAAAUCUGCAUUUGAUGAGGAAACUCAGCUGCUGUUGACAGCCAUGGAAGACAGAAGUCCUCACCUGACCAUUUUACAUCAACCCUGGGGCAAGGAUGAGUACAUGAUCAAAGGUGUUCUCCUCUGA